GGUGGGGGGUAAAAUUUGACGUCAUAAUCGGACGUCUUCCAGUCGACUUUUAAACUUUGCCGUUUACCGCAAGUCUCUAUCUAUUACCGUUCUCUUGCAAUUUAACGUUGUACUACGGACGGCCGGAUGGACGGCCGGCCGGAAAAAAUUUUUUUUUGGCGCAUACGUUUUUUGGAAUGUGGGGACCCUAAUUCGUGCUCAUCCCAAGUUUGAGCCCGAUCUGACGACUUUCGAUUUUGCUCGGUACACAAAAGCUGUGUCUGAAAGAAACACAGCUAAAAUCUAAAUCGCAUAAUUUCUUUGCAAAACUUUAUCAAGAUGUUGGUUUUUUUCUUCUUAUUUUUUUUUCGAAGUGAAAAAAAAUGUUCAAGAGCAUUUCAAGGGAUUUCCCUCCGGAGGAACUAACCGAUUUGUUCUAUUUUGCAAUUUUUUAUUUUAUUGUAAACUUCUUUUCAUGUUGAUUUGAAUCUUAACAUAGGUAACAGUCAUGUGGGAAAAUGUAGAACCAUAAAUGAGGAAAUAGAAAAGAACAAUAAUUGUGCUUUAAUUUAAAUAAACUUCACUUGAAAAUUAAUUUUAUUCAGAAUGAGAAACAGAGUAAAAGGUGAUGAGACCUGUUUUCAACUGAAAUGUAUUGAAAAAUCAGUUAAAGUUUUUAAUCUUAAACGUCCGGAAGAGAAUCUUCUUGAGGAAAAAACUCCGAAUUGAUGUGAAAAAUGAUUUCAAAAUGAUCAAGAUAAUGAAUUAAUAAAAUUUCCCAAUUUUCCUCGUGGCUCAAUAAAUCCAACAGGUGGUGUGUGAAACACCGUGAAAAUUUUUACUCUCUGUCCCGUAAGGUUGCCUCACAACACGCCAUUGUGUUGGGAAAUUAAUUGAAGUUCGCGGAGCAAUGAAAAAUGUACAUUGAUAAAUUAAAAAUAUACAAGAUUUGUUGAUUAACUAACUAGUUUUAGAUGUUUCGUCGUGAAUGGGAAGAAUAAUUAACAAUGUGAAAAUUUGUACCUAUUGAAAAAAUUACAAUUUUCACCUUGAUUUAUGCUUUUCUCACACUUUUUCACACUGCUGUGACGACUUUUCAUUGAUUGAUUUUCAUUUGUGCAGUUAUGAAAGGAAUAACACUCACAUAUUUUUCUUCUAAUCUAAUUCUAUUUAUAUUGUAUAAAAUUCAUUUGCUGAGGAAUCCGUAUCAAUUCCACGUAAAUCAACACGCAAAGAUUUGCGCAAAAAAUGCCCCAUUUUAUUUUUACCAUCAAUUAGAAGCAUUACCUAGACGACAUCAUUUUGCGGAAAGAUAAGAUUUGAUAUGGAUGUAGUUUACUCAUUUGCUGAAUUUAUUUGCUUGUGAAGUACUUAUCAUGGCAAAAUGAUAAGGAAACAUUGAGCCUUGUCCGGAACACAUGGAGAUUUAAAUACACCUACACGCUACUCUUUUUUCUUCUUCUCAAACAACAUCCCACAAAUAAAUUUUUCAGUGCGUCAUACAGAAAUUCCCCCGAAGAAGCAAUUUCUCUUUCAUCUCGCAAUUUUAAUUCCAACACACCUUUCAUUUUUUUUCAGUCUUUAAGUGAUCAAUUCAGUGAAUUUGUACUCAAAAGAAAUAAUAUACGUAAUAGUACUUGAGAAAAAUGAAACCACCAACAUUAAUCUUUAAUUUCUUCUUACUUAAAACCAUAAAAUUGUCAAGAGAACAGGUAGAAAAAUAUAUUUAAUUAUUACUUUUGUGACUUUUUUGAAUUUAUUCAGGGUUACAGGGAGCAGAUGUUAUAAGACGUACGUAUAGAGCGUAACUAUCUUGCCUUUUAUUCUUACUCUUAUUCUUUUAAAUUUAUUUAAAAAAAAACAAAGUAUUUAAGUAAAAGUUUAAUUAAAAUGUUUCAUAAAGAAAAUACGAUAAAAUUCACUUCCGUAACUCCUUGUGAACGUUCUCAAUGAGUUCAAAGCUCUAUGAACCGAGUGAUUGUGUUGUGAAGUUAUUAAGAAAAAUUCUUUGCCCUCUAAAUAUUUUGCUAAAAUCGUUAAAACUGCUUUAAGUGAAUUCUUUUAAAUUGUUGAAUUUUAUAUUCAUUUGUUGAAUUAUUUCCUCACUGAAAAUUUUCUUCAUGUUACUGAAUUUCAUUUCCUUUUACUAAAUAUUUCCUUCAGUUACUCAACUUCUAAAGUUUCUGAAUAUAUUCUACAGUUGCUGAAUUCCUUAUUUGCUACUGGAUUUAUUCUGUAGUCUCUAAGUUUUUCCUUCAAACGCUGAGUUAUACUUCUUCAGUUGUUCAUAAUCUUUUGCAGAAUAUCUUCUUUAGUUAUUGUUGAAUUUCUUAUUAAUUUGCUUAAUUUCUUUAUUUGUUGCUGAAUUUCUUUUCAAUUUCUGGAAUUUCUUCUUCAAACGCUAGAUUUCUUCCUUAGUUUCUGAAUUUACUUUUUAACGCUAAAUUUCUUCUUCGACUCUUUGACUAUUUUUUUUUUCAGAAAUUGAAUUUCUUUUCUAUUUCUUGAAUUACUUUUUUUUCAGUUCCUUCUAAAGUCCUUCUUCAGUUUAUAAAAUCUUUAAGUUACCUUAUAAUCUUCUUGACUAAAUUUCUCGUUAAAACGCUGAAACAAGAUUUCCUCCUUUCAAUUUUCCUACGAAGAUCUCACUUUUGAGCAUAUUAACAUUCGCACAGUAAGGAGUGCGAGAGAUUGUAGUUCGAAAAUCCAACUCUGAAGGUCUCUAUUGAAAAAUCUUAACAGGUGCUUCUUCAUAAUGCAUCCAAUUGAAGAUUAUGCAUAAAAUUUACUAUUUACAAAACAUUCCUUUUCGUGUGAUUCACAUAACCUCUAAUUACGUGAUAUCAAUCAAUGGCAAAAUAUGCCAUUGUAUGGCGUGCAAUGAAAGAGGAAAUGCGACAAAAUCUCAUGCUCCAUCAUACCCGUUCACAUAAUACAAAAAUCAUCACGUGUAAUUGCAUUUUUGAUUUUGCAACGAAACACCCAACAUACGAAGUGACAGUGAGAUGCUUUUUUUAGCUGCCAUUUGCAUUUUUUUUUCACAUUGCACUGUCGCGACAUUUUGACUUUUAUUUUUUAUUUGUGCAUUUUAAGCACCAAAAAGAGCACGUUUUUUUUAAAUAUAAAAGAAAUUUUAAACAAUUGAUCUGUGACGCUUCUUCCAUGCAUUGAAAAUUAUACAAUCACCAUGAAAGAGAGCAUGGUGGUGGAAAAUGAAAAAUGAGAGAGGAAAAAAUGGGUGAAAAAUGCUCAUUUGGAACUUAUUUAACACACAAACACAUCCCUCCCCUUUUGAGAGAAAAAAAUAAAUAAAAUAAAAAUACAUGGAAGGUGUAUUUGUCGAUGAAUUUUGCACACGAUGUGUUGGAUUAAAAGUUGUGAGCUCAGCAGUUGGGCAUUGAGGCUCGUCGAUGGAUGUAUAUUACUGUGUGCCGGGUCUGAUUAAAUUUAUAUAUAUAUGGCUCGUGUAUAAUAUAUAUAGACAUUUUAACUCGUGCUAAUCCCUCUCUAUCUCGCGUCAGGCUCAGUUCAGUUGCUCUCCAGCAAUCCGCUGAACUGGUUCACAAAAUUGUUGGACAAUAUUUGCCUUAUCUCAGUGUUAUCUGGCGAAAGGGCAAGAUAUUCAUUAAAAAAAAAAGAGUUUCUUUUCUUAACAAAAAACAUUCAUUGUGAUAAGAAGAAAGUGGCGGGAAUUUCCACAAAGACAUAUUUUUUGGGACAGUUGAACGUUGCUUUUGUUGAAGAAAAGUUUGGAAAUUAUUGAUUAAAAGAUGCGCCAAAAAAAAUUACCAAUUUACUGCUGAAGUGAAGUGAGAAAAUUUCCCUCCAAUUUUCUGCAUGGCAGAGAGGAAAAGCAGUACCCAGAAGUGAAAUCGAACAUUUUAAAAGAAGGGGGGCCGCGAGAGAGUUUAAAGAAGAAGAGAAAUAAAAAAAAUGUGCAAAAACUACAAUAAAAAUGUGCUAUUUAAUUGCGCCAGAAGCAAAAAUGGGUGGAAAAAGUCAAUAGAAAAUACGUCAUCUUUUCGAAAAUUUAUUUGAUAAAAAAAAGUUAUAAUGCUACAGCAGCAAAAUAUCGAAAUAACUACCUUUUUAUCAACAUCUCUGUGUGAGUUUAAUUCUUACACCAUAAAGGAACAUUUUGCAUUUUUCUCCGUGUGAACUGUUGAACAGCUCAAUUGUGCAAAUAUUUUCUUCCAUCAACACUGAAAAAAAAGUAUUUUAUCAGUGUUUUAAUCAUUAUCUGUAUGUGCGAUAAGAGUGUCAAGUUUGUGCUUGGAAAACUUUAGUGAUACAUUAAAAUAUUUAGAGGUUGAAUGCUCUAUUAUAUACCUUAGAACGUUUGAAAAAUAUGCAUAAGAUGUGAUGGAGUUCAAAAAACAUUUCCCACAUUUUUUCAGACAUUUUUCUCGACAAAUUUUCCUUCCCUUUAAUUUUCACGAUAUUAGCAAAAUUUUCGCCAGAUUAUUAUCACAGACCGACCACAAGAGGAGGGAGACCACACACAGAGACACCCAAAUGAGAUUUUAUCGUGCAUUUUGCGACAGUCAAUCAUCGCCAGAAAAGUCACAUUUUCUUCUCUUAUGUGCCGUGUGAAAAUGAUAAGAAUGCGAUACUAUAGGGGGGAUGGCGGCAAUUAGAGGAUUUUCCUACUCAUUUUUUUUUACAACCAGCAAAUGAUGGAAUUGAUAAUACAAAAAAAAAACAUUUCGCGUUAAGAUCUAUAAACCAUACAGUACGUUUUUUUUUACGUUUUCCUUGCCCUCGCAUAUCUCAUGGAUGAGAUCAAUUCAAUUGGCAAUUGUGUGACGAAUUGGUGAAUUGUUUUGUUCGCCAAUUCAAUUUAAUAUUGCACAAUCAGAAUUAACCGCCACAGACGGCGAAUCGUCAUUCCCGAACAACUGCACCGUAAACCUCAUUCGUGAGCAAUUCAAUUUGCACUGCACCGACAAAAGGGGUUAAUCAAUCUUGUAAAUUGUUAACAAUUUAGAACGCAAUAAAUUCAUAUAACUGAAAAGCCAAUGAAAAUGCAAAUAAUUUGAAAAUUAUUGAUUUGACUUAAAUUAUAAAUUUAAUUGGUAAUUCUUGACGGAACCUUUGUAAUGUUUUUUGUAAGAGUAUUUUUUUCCUUCCGGGGACGUCAAUAAAUUCGGUGCCGGUCUAAAGGAAACUAUUCUUUUUCCCAAAGCUUUCGGCGUUACACUACGCCUUCCUCAGUGAUACUAAGGGGAGACAUUUAUUUUCCAACGUUAUGACAAGAAAUUUACAAUUUUCAGAUUAAAUCUCAGGAACAUGAAUUUUUCCGAGUACAACUUACAGUUUGUCAAAUAUUUAAACCCUUGUCAACAAUCUCCUCAGCAUUUCUUGGCAUUUUAUAUCUAAAAUUAAUUCAAAAUACAAUAAAUUAACUAAAUUUCUAACUUAAUACAAAAAACAGCACUUAUGGGUGGAAACAAUAAUUACCGGCAGGGAAAUUUUCAGUAAACUAUUAUAAAUUUCUAUACCAUAUAUUAAAAUCGUUUAAAGAAAAUAUUAUAGGCUACCGGUUGGCAGGACGAAUUGUACUUUCCAUCAAUGAAGGUUAACCAUUACGUGCUAGCACAAAGUUUGAAUUUGAUCUCAGGGGAUUGAACCUAUAACCCAAGCACGUAAAUCUUAUCAAAUAGCUUCGGAUCAUUGUGUUUGAAAUGUUAGUAAAUGUGUUUGGUUUAGUUGAAAUUACAACCGUUGUGCUUAUUUGCGCUACUGACUACAAUACUGUAAAGACUUUUCAUUUUUCUUUCUAUUUUUAUUUAAUAUUCAAUCAAUGCCAGAAUUCUACAUAUCUCUAGAUUUUUACUUCCUGGCUGUUUAAUAAUCUGAUUUUAUCAAUACUAAAUUAUUUACUUUAUAAAAAUUCAUCUUGUUCCUAAAAUUCAGCGCCAUCUACAUUCUAGAAUUAUGUGCUACAUUUUUCUAGGAAAGAAACUCUACAUCGUGCUGGAAGAACUAUUAGUACUUAUGUAUUUCUAGCCCUUAUUUCUUUUACUGGAUUUAAGCGAAAGAAUAUUAGAAUUAUUUGAAAAUUUGAGCUAUAGCAGCGCCAUUAAAGUUCACCCAGAAUUAAAUUCAACUAAUCUAAAGUUGUUUUACUAAUUUCAUAAACACAAUGAUUCUGUUCAAUAUACAUAAAGUGAAUUUAAAAAUAAAAAAAACUUAGAGUAGAAUUUGCAGAAUGACAAACUAUUACCUAUUUAGCAAUAUUCAAGUACAAUGAUUAACUUAUUUAAUUAUCUUAUCACAAAUUGUCGGCAAUUCAUUGAAGAAAAAACACUUAAUUCAGAGAUAGCAAUAGAAUGCAUUCAUUUUUAAAUCAUUCAACCCCUUUUUUGCAUAUGAGGCGAUGAUGGUACGACUAAAAUAAAUCAGUGCAGAGAGAAAGAAAUGUUUUAAAAUUUUCCACUGCAGCAGCAAAACUUAUCUAAUGAGAUCAAGUUCCUCUUAAUUGUUAAGAUGGUGAAAUGCAAUUGGUGACAAUUUGUAAAGCCACUCACUUUUAUAUUUUCCAUUCGCCUUUUGUGAUUUUAUCUAAAGCAGCUCUCUUUCUUUUUUAAGUAUAUUUCUGAGUACGGGUAAAUAAAUUGAAAAGUAACAAUCAAACUUCAAUUAAUGGCCAACAUUGGCGUCACACUGUAUCAGUUGAAGAAGAAUUUGAGAUUUCUUUUCGUUGGAUAACAUUAUCUCAAUCUUAAAGCAAACAUAGGGAUUAUUCUCCAUCAAUUUGGUGGAUUUUUUUUUAAAUUGUAUUUCAUGGAGUAUUUUUUGUGGGAAAAUUGUUCAGGUCAAAAUACAUGCGAGAUAAAUUUUUGUGCAAAAACUUGAGAUGAAUUUACAGCUCAUGAUUGAUAACUAUUUAUCACCUGCCACUUGAAUUGCCUCAAUGAUAAUGUUGUCAUUGUUACCAUAAAAACCCCCUUCGUGACAUCUCACCAGCCAGUCGCGCAUUUACCUUCAUCCAGAACACCUUGCUGUGGAUAAAGCACAGGUCUCUCAUUGUGGAUCAGGAAAUUUUGGGGAAAAGUACCAAGAGUGGGUCUUUCUCGUGUGUCUCGCGUGUGUGGCUAAAGUGCUAAAAAUUAAGCUAUUUUUUCUCAUUAAGUGGAGUUAUUUUUUCCUCUGAGAUAUUUGCGCCCGAUUAACAUCUCGAUAAUUGAAUAUCUUAAUAAUCUUAGACCCUUUAUGCUUAUUUUGCGUUUAAAUAAUUCAAUAAUUUCUCCAUUCAUUUUUAUUUUAUUACCAAAUCAUCAUUCAAUUUGAACCUAAGGUUUUGGCUAAUUUGUAUUUCAAAUAAAGUCGUUAUCAUUUGGUUUAAAUCUAAUAAAGUGCGCGAUAGAUUAAAUGAGAUUAGCAACAGUUGUUGGGGAGUUUACAGACACACACACACAUAAAAAAAAAUACACAAAAAGUAUUAGCGGAAAUACAUAAGGCUUAAUUAAAUCAAUUUCAAAUUAGUUUUUCUUGUGAAGAGAAUAUAAUUACAAACAAUAUAAAACGGACAUCGUAUGUUCUGUUUUUUUUUUUUCUUCUUACAAAUUUGCAAUCCAUCGUCACGCGCGCAAAAGUGUUAACAAAUUUUUGUCUACAAAGAACUAUUUUAAUUUCGAUUGAGCCAGUACAUACCGCUCAUAGUUAGCUCAUUUAAUGGUUAAAUUGCUUAAUUUGACCUUUUUUUCUUCUGAUGAAAAAUUAACUUUUCUCACUUUUCCCCUUUCUUCGUAAUUGAACAAAUUAUAUUAAAUCUAAAUGCUUGAUAAAUUCCCGCUCAUAUUAACUCUUUCAUUUACAAAAGAUUUCAUCCAAAUCGGUUUAUUGGAAACUGAGAAAACUCUCAUUUUAUGUCGGAAUUUGAUGGAGCGGUAUUUGAGCAAAAAACCAAAAUGGCGUCUUUACACCGAUAUAAUAAUAAAGAGUUAAAAAGUCAGUUCUGGAAAUUAAAAGAAAAAAGUCAAAGAAUGAAGUAGAUUCUCGUUAGAAAAUCAUUUCUAUUCCUUUCGUUUUACAAGAGAAUGUCAAAUGUUGCAUUCAAGCUUAAUCUUUUUCUUUAAAUGUGACUUUUUUUUAAAGGCAGUCACUUCCUAGUUUAGUGAAGAAACAAAGCACUAAAUGAUAAUCUCAAAAAAUCUUCAGAAAUUCUCGGUUCAUUUAAUCCUUGUUUCGUUUUCAUUUAUUUUUAAAUACAUGCAAUAAAUUUAUGCUCUUAUCUAAAUAAAUUUAUAACCAGAUUAGAUCAAAUCUAAUAAUUUCUAUAUUGUGCGAAUUGUGUCCUGGCUAAGAGACUUAAACGUAUGUACGUUUUUUAAAGACUUUUAGGAGAUUCUUAAAAAGCUUUUAAAGCAGUAGAAUGUCAGCUUUUUUUUAAUUCUAAAGCUCAAUAAAAGUUCUUACUUAGACACAAAAUAUAUUGACCUAAGUGAAAAACAAAUAAAAUAUACCACAAAACAAAUAUAUUAUCUAAUCUUUUUUAGAUAGGUUGGUACUUAAAUAAAUGAGAUAAUAAUGAUAAAGUUGUAGGUUUAACAUUGUCCUUUAAUUGAAUUACCUACUUAUCCCAGUGAUAAAAAAAUAACAAUUUAAUUAAUUGAUUUUUUAAUUCCAACAAAGAGAAAAUCAAAUUAAAAUUGCGUGGGAAGUGAUAAGAAAGCAACACAACAGCUUUAGACGGCGAGACUGAUAGUGAACAAAAUAAAUUAAUAAGAAUUUUCUGUGUGUGAAGAAGCUCCCAGAGAUAGUUGGUGGAGGAGUGCAGAAAAUCAGAGCAGAGCCUUGAAGCAUUGAUUAGGAAACAAUUAGCAAACAAUAUUGAAAAGUGCAUAUGAUAUUGAAGUGGCGGCUUCGAAUAUAAACGGAGCAGCGAAAAAAAUCGUGAUAGCGAAAUGAAUCGCCUUGCUGGAAGCCUCCUAAUUCUGGGAGGAGUAUUUUUUGUGAUAUCUAGUCAUGUACAAGGAUUUCUAGUCACUAGACAAAUUGAGGAGUGGCCUGAAUCAUGUGAUAGUGAAAUUUACUGCUAUGGCCCCCUCCUGCAUACCGUACAAAUGGCUCAUCUCUUCAAUGACUCCAAGACUUUCGUGGAUAUGAAAUUGAAACAAAAUCCGGAUGUUACGUUACAACUCUUCCGGGAUUUCAUGGCGAUACACAAUAAUGAACCAACACGGGAGCAAAUUCGGAAUUUUGUUGAUGAGAACUUCGAGAAGGAGGGCUCAGAAUUUGAACCAUGGACCCCAACGGAUUGGCAUCAAAAUCCCAAAUUUCUCGACAAUAUACGCGAUGCGAAGCUCAAGGAAUUCGGUAGGGAGCUCAAUGAUUUGUGGCUGAAGUUGGGCAGGAAGAUGACGAAACAGGUGGAAGAGGAACCUGAUAAAUAUUCCAUUAUUCACGUGCAUAAUCCCGUCAUUGUACCCGGUGGGAGAUUUCGGGAGUUCUACUAUUGGGACUCCUACUGGAUCAUCAAGGGUUUGCUCUACUCAGAAAUGUACCUCACUGUAAAGGGUAUGCUGUCGAACUUUCUGGAAAUAAUUUCACGAUUUGGCUUCAUCCCCAAUGGGGGGCGCGUAUACUACUCCCAGAGAUCCCAGCCACCCCUCUUGGCGGGCAUGAUUAAAGCCUAUUUGGAAUUUACAAAUGAUGAGGAAUUUGCCAUUCAGGCUGUUCCACUGUUGGAGCAUGAAUUCAACUUUUGGUUCAAUAAUCACACAGUUCAGUGCAUGGGGCAUACGGUUUGCACGUACGGGGACAAAUCUAAAGGACCCCGUCCUGAGUCCUACCGUGAGGAUGUAAUCUCAGCUGAAGAAUUCCCCACUGAGGAGGAAAAGCAGGAGCACUAUUCCGAACUGAAGGCUGGCGCUGAGAGUGGCAUGGAUUUUUCAAGUCGAUGGUUCAUCGAUGAUAAAGGUGAAAACGGUGGUGAUUUGAGGAAUCUCAAGACACGCUCAAUUGUCCCAGUGGAACUCAAUGCCAUCCUCUUCUGGAAUGCAAAGAUCAUUGCUGAAUUCUAUGCGCUGGGGAGGAAUCUCACGAAAGCCGCAGAAUUUGAGGCACGUGCAACGCAAAUUGCAAAUGCCAUUCAUGCAUGCCAUUGGCACGAGGAUCUGGGUAUAUGGUUGGACUACGACUUGAUUAAUGCACGCCGUCGCAACUUCUUUGUCCCAACGAAUUUGGCACCACUGUGGAUGAAGGCCUACAAUACAGCCCAGGAGGAUCAUAUCACCGACAAAGUUCUCAGGUACAUUGAAUCCGAGAAUCUUGACUCGUAUCCGGGUGGUGUGCCGAAUACACUGCAGAAUACAGGUGAACAAUGGGACUUCCCCAAUGUUUGGGCCCCCAUGCAGUACAUGCUGAUUGCCGGCUUGGAUGGCCUUAGUGACCAAAGGGCGAAGGAUUUAGCGCGUAGCUGGGCCACAAGAUGGGUUCACUCCAACUACAUCGUCUUUAAUGACACACACGCCAUGUUUGAAAAGUACAAUGCUGAGGAGAUGGGCGGUCAUGGCGGUGGGGGUGAAUAUGAAGUACAAAUAGGCUUUGGCUGGUCCAACGGUGUCAUCAUUGAGCUCCUCAAUAAAUAUGGGGAUAUCCUGUCUGCGCCAGGUUCAUCAUCUGAUGGAUUGAAGCCAUUUAGUGCCUUAAUUGUUGCCAUUGUGGCUCUCUUUGGUACACUUUCAUCGAGGAUUUUUGGGUGAGCUUUAAUUAAACCGCAAUAACAUGACUGAGGGUGUUUGUGCAUAAAUGCAUGGCAGUGGACAAAAAGAAAAGUAACAUGAAGCCACCAUUUUGUUUUUCCAUGAAACAUUAUAACAAAGAUGGCGGGUGAAACAGGGAAUUAUUCUAAUUAUAGAUACAAAAAAAAUCACUCGAUAAGACAUUUAAAGCAACAACAAAAAACAUAAGACAGUGAAAAAAUCACGAUUAAAUAGAAAGAAUUUAAUAAUUAGGCAUUUUAAGUUGAUGUUUUUCCUUUUCUACAAAGAACAACAAACAUAUCUUUCUUUUCCUCCUUUCAAACCUUGUGUUUUAGUACCAAUUUACAAUUUAUUUUAAUUGUGUGUGUAAAUAGUAAAUUUUAGCAUGAUUUAGGUACUUGUUUUUGUGUUAACUUCGUCAGCUUUAAUAUUUAGUAGAAGAGAAAAGAAACAAAUUGUAUAAUUAUUUUUGCUAUGAAACGAAAAAUAUUUUAUUAUAAAAAAACAUAAAUAUGGUGAUUUAAAUUCUACAUUAAUACAGAGACUAAAAUUUAUAAAAAGAGGGGAAAAUCUAUAUUUUCGUGACAAUUAACAGGUGUUAGCAGAGAAUGAAAAAAAAUCAAUAAGUAGGUAAAGAAAAAUUCUAUCCCCCCAGUAUUAGUUAAUAAUAUUGUGUAAAUAAUAAGCAAGAAUGUGUAAAUAAAUGAAAAAGAAAAUGACAA